AUCAGGGACCUUUGGCUGAUGAGUUCAUCCCAAGCCCAGAGUGGUGGGAUCCAUCAGGGACCUUUGGCUGAUGAGUUCCAUCCCAAGCCCGGAGUGGUGGGAUUCAUCGUGGACCUUUGGCUGAUGAGUUUCAUGCCAAGCCCGGAGUGGUGGGAUCCAUUGGGGACCUUUGGCUGAUGAGUUCAUCCCAAGCCUGGAGUGGUGGGAUCCAUCCGGCACUCGGUUGUCUGCCUGGAGCCUCCUGGUGCCCCAGUAACGCUCUCACCUUCCCAGUAGAGGUGGGAAGGGAGCCCUAAACCACCGGCUCAGCCAGUAUCGCCGAUCCCAAAGCCGGAAAGGAACCAGUUGGGAACCAGUCCUGUAAUGAGGUGCCUCUGGAUACAGGGCCCGUCACCGGCUGGGGUGGCUCUAAAACGGAGCGCUGGGACGCGUGCCCGGCAGUCGACUCCGGCUCAUGGCUACGUGGGGUGGCUCCUACGCCGUCUGGAAGAGGAGGUUCAGCUGCUGUGAGUGUGAAAAGUUGGGGGGAACCCCCAAAACCAGGGCCUUGUGGGGGCGUGGGAAGCUCUGCACCUUGGAUCGAACUCUAGGAGGGUCCCAAAACUUCACCCCUCAACCGCAGUUUGGAUGGAAAGGGAGGUGAGGUCCUGCACGAGGAGGGUCAAGACCUCGCGGCUGCUCCUUGUCCCAUCCUGGGAUGUAGAGUGAUGGUAGGGACGUCACAGCCGGUGAUGCCCCCCAUGGUGUGGGGACGAGAGGAGGAGCUGGUGGUCCCCGGACUCAUCCUGCGGCGCAAAGAGGACGGAUCCCAUGGCCCUGCGUUGUCCUGGGUCGGAUGGGGUGGGGUGAACCAUGAGCAGCACUGGCCGGGCUGGGCUGAGGACCCCAGGUGCUCUCCGGGCGGCUCGGUGGGAUGGGAGGAGAAGAAGGGCUGGAUGUGGAGCUGAGGUCCUCGCUGCCGGUGUCCGAGCAUCCCAGGGCAGGGCGGCAGGGACCCCUCCGGAGAGCAGCAGAGGGGCCGUAACGCCCUACGGAAGCAGGGAGAGAGACCUUGGCCAUGGCUGGAGCUGCUCUGGGGUGGCUCGAUGGGCGCUGGGAAGGGUGGUGGACCCACACGUGGACAUGUGGGGCAGCAAAGACCCUGCCCUGCCUCCAGGGACCCCCUGUCCGACCCCAUCCGACCUCUUUCUCUCCCCACAGAUGGUCCAUGGGAGACAGUGGAGAGCUGCGUGGUGCUCAGCUCCACCAGCAUCUACCGCCGGCUGCAGGACCCCCCCCGGCAGCCCCAGGGGAGGCUGAGCUCCUGGGGACCCCCCCAAGCCCCCCACUCCCCUCGAAGCUCCUCGGCAAGCGGGCGGCUCCUCAAGUCGGAAUCCGAGGACUCCGGGGUGGAGAUGGCCAGCCACGAGCACUCACCUUCCACCCCGCUGGGCUCCGAGAGCAGCUUCUCCCUUAAUGGUUUCCCACCGGAGAAGACCAUUCCUGGUGAAGAUCCGGACAUCGCACCCCUCCGGCAGCCCCGGAGCCGCUCGGCCAGUAAGAAACUGGUGCCGGCGGCGCAGCGGAGCAGGAGGCAGCGGGCACCCGGGCGCUGCCAGCGACAGCUCGGCCGCUCCGGUGCCAACGCGGCCGAACCGCGGGCAGAGCCGGCAUGGGAACCUCGGGAACCAGAGGAACCCAACACGGAGCAUCCCAACGGAGCAGUGAGUGCUGGGGAAGGGGUGGAUGUGACUAGCAGGGCUCGGUCGCCUGGUAGCCCUCGAGCCCCCUUUGCUUGCCCGCAGGCUGUGCCGGAGGCGGUGGUGCCGGUGCCGGGGCAGGGUCUGAAAUACUUGGAGCACGUUUGCCAGAUGUUGGAGCGCUUGGCUCGGCUGCAGCAGGACAACCGGCUCCUCCGGCAGCAGGCGGUGGAUGCCCGGCGCACCCGCCCUGACACCACGCCCGUUCGGGAGCCAGCAGGGCAGGAUACGGCCACGUGGAGAGCCACGCGGUUCCGACCGCGCUCGUGCUCGGACAGCCAGGCUCCAGCUUCAUCCCACCCCGUGCAGCGCCGGACCCGGAGCCGUGCCGGAGGACGUGGGGGCACUCGGCCAGUUCUCCCAGCUUGCUGGACCCCUCCGAGAGCGCAGUGAGCGCCCCGACACCGGACAAGGACGGGCGCUCGCACUGGGGGCGGGUGAAGGUGCUGCUCACCCGCCUGACGCGCCGCUCGCUGCGGGGCGGCCGAUGCAGGUAGGGGCCGGGGGUCCCACUCCUGCCAUCACCCCCGGAUGGAGGAUCCGCACGUAUUGUGUCAAACGCCACCCUGUGAUGUCACACCAACCUGGGGCCGGUCCCCUUUUCCCUUUCCCCCCCUUCCACAAUAAAGUCUUUUCACUGCCAAAGAGGUGAUGCUUUCGCUGCUCUUUGCAAAGGUGAUGCGCUUGUUGCGCCGUGAUGUCACCUCCUCCCCUGACCCGGCGUGACGUCACGCGAGGACACGUCACGGCUGCAUCAUUUCCGACAGCUUUUCCGCCCCUUUUGUCUGCUCGGCUCCCGUGCCAUGGCCCGGAUCAAGCGGCUGCAGCCCCCCCUGAGCCCCCUCCCAGCUCAGCCCCACUGUGGGAUGGGCUUUGGGGGGCUCUGCUGCCUUAGAGGGGGGCAAAGCUGUGUCAUCCCCCCCUAUAAAAACCCCUUUGCUGAGGUGGGUGGGGAGGAGAUGCUCGUAGAGGGUCCCGCGGGAUGCUGGAGCCCCUCAUGGUGUCAUCGGGUCUGCGUGGCGAAGGGCUGGGUACCACAGAUGGAGAAGAUGCUGCUGAACACCUCCCACCGCCUCCAUCCAAGCUCUCUCUGAUCAGGUACUCCCUUAUCCCCUCCAUCCCUCUUUCCCUUUCCGGAUGAUUUCCUACCGUGACUCGGUUUUUCCUUCCCCUGCAGCCUCGCCAAAAGAGCCCCCCCGGCACCGCUCCCACCCAGUCCAUCCCUGGGCAUCCUCGGAGCCCGGCGCCAGCCUCGCUGCAUCCCACACUGCUCCCUCUGGGAAAGGAUUCCCUGGAGCUGCAGGAACCCCGGUGCCAGCCCAAGGUGGAGAAGGGACCCUCGCUGUUUCCAUCACUGGAGAAGCCGAAGGUGGAGAAGGGACCCUCGCUGUUUCCAUCACUGGAGAAGCCGAAGGU